GAUUCUGUCAUGACGUUUAAAGCGCGCUAGUGGGCUUUUCUUGAUAAUAUGCUUUCAGCUGUUUGUUUGUUUUUUUGUCAGUGAAACUCAGUUUUUAAUCAUGAAUUCGCCGAAGCUGAUUUUGCUCUUCAGCGGCAAGCGAAAAUCCGGAAAGGAUUUUGUUACCAGCAUGAUUCAGCAAAGAUUGGGGUCCAGUGUGUGUGCCGUUCUCAGACUGUCCGGUCCUUUGAAGGAACAGUAUGCCAAGGAGCGUGGCCUGGAUUUCCAAAGGCUCCUGGAUGCCAGCGGAUACAAGGAGAAAUUCCGAGAGGACAUGAUCCUCUGGGGGGAGGAGAAGAGGAACGCCGAUCCUGGAUAUUUCUGCCGGCUGAUUGUCCAGGACGUUCCCCAGCCAGUGUGGAUCGUGAGUGAUGCUCGCCGGGGGUCCGAUGUGGAGUGGUUCCGGUGCCGCUACCAACAGCAGACCCGCACUGUGAGGGUCUGGGCCAGCGAAGAGUCCAGGAGAGAGAGGGGCUGGGUGUACACUGCAGGAAUCGAUGAUGCAGAGUCGGAGUGUGGGCUGGACCAGGGCGUGGCUUUCGAUUGGACGAUCAGCAACGACAGCGACGGGCCGCUAUUGGAGGAGCAGCUGGAGAGGGUCCUGAGUGUCGUUCGGGACUGCCUGCAGCUCUGACACGGGGCCACAAGGGGGCAGUGCAGCGCCAAUAGGAAACCCCUCUAGCGAGUUCAGUAACUUGAGUGAUUGUGCUGAACUCAGACAGCUCUACAGCUGCAGCUAAAGGUUUAGCGUCGCCAAGGAUUUUAGGAUUGACACAUCGUUAAAAAAAAACAAAAAACUAUAUGAACAUAAUUUAGAUGUUUUAUUAACAUCAUGGAAUCAAAAUGAUAUCGCAAAAAAAAAAAAAGUCUACCAGAAGGAAGCUGCGACAGCAGUUCAGUGUUUCCUGUCAGAUUUCCAAAUGUUUUCCAUUUCAAUUCAGUAUCUGGAAAACUAUACAAAGUGCUGGGUGUGCAAUUCAAUAUGAGAACAAGGGAACAUUAUUCAGCAGCUUU